GGCUGACCGUCACACUAAGGCAACAUGGCGGCGCACUGGCUCUCUCCAUCACUGAACAGGCUGCUGUUUGCUGUAAAGUAUGCCUCACUCCAGUCCAGAUGCUGUGCCAUACACUGCAAUGCUUAUUAUUCCACUGUCUACAACCCCAAUGAAAAGACCUUUGAUAAGAUUCUAAUUGCCAACAGAGGAGAGAUUGCCUGUAGGGUGAUCAAGACAUGUCGCAAGAUGGGCAUCCAGACUGUAGCUGUUCACAGUGAUGUCGACUCCAGUGCUGUUCAUGUAAAGAUGGCUGACGAAGCAGUGUGUGUCGGCCCUGCCCCCACCAGUAAGAGCUACCUGAACAUGGAUGCCAUCAUGGACGCCAUCAGAUCGACUGGAGCACAAGCUGUUCAUCCUGGCUAUGGGUUUCUCUCUGAAAACAAAGAGUUUGCAAAGCGACUGGCAGCAGAGGAUGUAGCAUUCAUUGGCCCAGACACCCAUGCUAUCCAGGCUAUGGGGGAUAAAAUUGAGAGCAAGCUGAUCGCUAAGGCUGCCAAGGUCAACGUCAUCCCAGGAUUUGAUGGAGUCGUAGAGAAUGCUGAGGAUGCUGUGAAGAUCGCACAGGAAAUUGGCUACCCAGUGAUGAUCAAAGCAUCUGCAGGAGGAGGAGGGAAAGGGAUGAGGAUUGCUUGGAACGAUGAGGAGACGAGGGAAGGUUUCCGGUUCUCGUCUCAGGAGGCAGCAUCCAGCUUUGGUGACGACAGGCUGCUCAUUGAGAAGUUCAUAGACAACCCCAGGCACAUAGAGAUCCAGGUGCUUGCUGAUAAACAUGGUAAUGCUCUGUGGCUGAAUGAGAGGGAGUGCUCCAUCCAGAGGAGGAACCAGAAGGUGGUGGAAGAAGCUCCCAGCACUUUCCUGGAUCCCGAGACACGGCGGGCGAUGGGUGAGCAGGCAGUGCAGCUGGCCAAGGCUGUGCAGUACUCCUCUGCCGGCACCGUGGAGUUCCUGGUGGAUUCGAAAAAGAACUUCUACUUUCUGGAAAUGAACACACGACUACAGGUGGAGCAUCCGAUUACAGAGUGCAUUACUGGCCUGGACUUGGUGGAGCAGAUGAUCAGGGUUGCCAAGGGUUACAAACUGCAGCACAAACAGAAAGAUAUCCCAAUAAACGGCUGGGCCAUUGAGAGUCGUGUCUAUGCUGAGGAUCCUUACAAGUCUUUUGGUCUUCCCUCCAUUGGACGGCUGUCAAGAUACCAAGAGCCACUCAGCCUCAGUAAUGUCCGUGUGGACAGCGGCAUUCAGGAGGGAAGUGACAUCAGCAUCUACUAUGAUCCCAUGAUCUCUAAGUUGGUUACCUAUGGAGCUACGCGAGCAGAGGCUCUUGCCAGAAUGGAGGACGCGCUGGAUAACUAUGUUAUCAGAGGUGUGAUGCACAACAUCCCCCUCCUGAGGGAAAUCAUCACCCACCCCCGCUUUAUCUCUGGUGAUAUCAGCACCAACUUCCUGCCGGAGGUUUAUCCCGAUGGCUUCAAGGGUCACCAGCUGAAUGUAGACACACGCAGGGAGCUGUUGGCCUCGGCAGCAGCGCUCUACAUCACUGCUCAGCUCCGCUCACAGAAGGUCCUGGGUGACCUGAGGGUGUCAUCUUCUCCCGUGGAAUGUAGCACCUGGGAGCUGCAUGUGGAGCUAGAGGACGGAAGCCAUUCUGUGAAGGUUACCAAAUCAGGAAAUGUUUAUACAGUGGAGGUAGAUGGAGGAAAGGUGGAAGUCAGUGGACAGUGGAACCUGGCUUCUGCACUGCUACCACUCACCAUCAACGGCACAGACAGGAUGCUACAGUGUCUGUCCAGAGAUGCUUCAGGAAGGAUUGUCUUGCAGUUCAUGGGCACAUCGUUUAAGGUUCGCGUUCUGUCAAAGUUAGCUGCAGAGUUCAACUCCUACAUGCCAGAAAAAGUAUCAGAAGACACCAGCAGCAUCCUGCGCUCACCAAUGCCAGGCACAGUGGUGGCUGUGUCCGUCAAGCCUGGAGAUACGGUUGCGGAGGGUCAGGAGAUCUGUGUGAUUGAAGCCAUGAAGAUGCAGAACAGUUUGACUGCUGUCAAGCAGGCAAAGGUUAAGAGUGUCCACUGUAAGCCUGGAGAGACGGUGGGAGAGGGAGACCUGCUGGUAGAGCUUGAAUAAAACACAACCUUUGAUGUGUGACAUCAGCACUUGGAUGAGCCCUGCACAGAGGAGGACCUGCACUGGCAAACAGACUGGACAAUAACUGAUGAUUGAUUUAUUUGCCAGUGGUCAGUCUCCAGAGUGGCCCCUCCCACCCAGCAGAGUUUAGUUUCCCCGAUGGUGACUCUCAGCUGAGCUGUGAGCUCAGCAGUGUUACAGUGUCCUCUCCACAUGUCACACUCAUCCACGUUGCUUGUUUAGAUGCAGCAGACUUGAAAAAAACACUUGUAAAUCUUUCCAUUCUGCUCCUGUUUUGUGUGUUUUCUAGAUCUGAUCGUUAGUUUUUGUUAAAGGCUCAGUUUACCCACAUUACAGAAAAUCAUUUUACCACAGUGCUGUCUUACCUUGCAGAAGGCUUUGGUUUUAGGUGGUGAGGUCUUGAGAUAUUUGCAUAGGAAAUGUCUGCUGCCAGUCCUGUACACUUGACAUGGACCGUAGUUUAAAAGCUGAUGAUGAGUUUUUCAAAUGUAAUUUUGUAAAAUUCCAUUUAUCCUUAUUGUAUUGGAGUGGAGGCAGAAAUCUCAGAUACAGGUGUCUUAAAAAUUCAUCAGAGAAAACCAAAACUUUGUGCAUAGCUCGAUAGCACUCAAGGUAAGUAGGAAAAGUUUUGUAAUUUGGUUGAACUGACAUUUUGAGCUGACACUCUACAUACAACCAAUAAAGUGCUCCUUCUUUUCCACGUACAAUAA